UUAACAAGUACUUUGGAACAAUAGGAGAGGCUGUCCUAACAGCUUUCAGUAAAAGUUAAGUUAUGAUGAUGUUAAUUCCAGUGACUUUUGGUGUUCUCACAAAUAACAAAAAUUGACUCCUUGUGCUUCUAAAUACGGUAUUUCAUGAAAAUAAACCCUGCUCUUUCUCUUCCCUUUUAUUUGUGUUGUCUUCAUGUUUGCUAGUGGCAUACAACAUAUCUGCUUGAGAUUUUUACAUUCUUGCAGACAGUGGGUAUGGCCCAUAGUAAAGAAAUGUACAUCUUCACUGGAAGUACUAAAGAAGUGGAUCAUAAAUCCAAAUUCUUUUUCAACCCAACUAUUAACAUGGGAUUUCUUUGUGAUUGUGUUUUUUGUAUUUUUAGUGAGCAUAAAGAUUUGUUACUGAUUCUAGUUUGUAUGGCUCUGUGGCUGUUCUGAGAACAGAAUUGCUUGGUUGGUCUUCUACUGAGACUAUCAUUUUCAAGACUGUGUGGAGUCAUGCAUCUACAACUGACAGAAACAGGUGGGCCUUGAAGAGAGUUCUAAGGCAGAGAAACUUCCCAAAGGAAUUUAGCCUAAGAGAUACAGAGUGUUCACCUUCAGGACACCUUUGAGAAAACAAACUGAAUGAAAUCUUUAGAUGCAUGAAAGUAACUUUGGUUAGGCUGCUUAGUGUUUUCUUAGUUCUUUGCAAGCUACCCACUAACUACAUGCUUUUCUUCAAAGUGCAUUUUGAGAUGCCUACAUAUGCUAUCCAAGUAGCCCCAUACUGCUUGCAUGUUCUGGGAAGCUCUUUGAUCACAGUGUACAAUCUAGUACUUUCCUAAUCAUCAUUAGGGAUAUGUUGGAAGAACUGGAAUGUUUUUGCACCUUCUUAGAGUGUUCAAAUGACUAUGAAAACUGCUUCUUGUAAAUGCUUAACUCAGUUCAAAACUGGUCAGGUUCUAAGACCUCUUGCUGAUAACCUCUGUGUGAUUUAAAGAAUUUUUAACUGUAUAGAAUAGUAAUUUUCUGCACUUCAACUUACUAAACUAAGGUGUCACAUCAAGACGUUUGGAAGAAGAACUAUUCAGAUCAUAAUUCUGCAGUAAGGGUACUAGUUUCUUACAGCAACUGUGUUUUAAAAGAGGUGGUUUAACAUUAUCACUAGAACAUGUGAACUCCAAGGUCCAAGCCAUGUGUUUUGCUGUGGAUGAAAGAUUUCCCUAGCUUUUAUUUAUACAGGAAGAUGCCAUUUGAUACUCUGUAGAAGACAGUCUAGAAAACUUCACUUUGCCUUUAGAAUUAAGCCUAUAAAAUAUAAAGGAUGUUGCCAAGCAAAGUUUUUUCUGUAACAGGGUUUAGAAAACCACAGAAUAUUCUAUUCUGGAAAGAACAUCUAAUGGGAUUUAACUGAGAUAAAGGAAAAUUUCUAAACUUUAAAGAUGUGCCAAAAUCAUUACUGUUUUCUGAGAACCAUAAAAUGGGUGCCUCUAUGAAUCUUUAAAAGUAGUAAAAUUCAUUUUGUGUUAAGAGGGACUGUUAAUAUACAGGUAUUCUGCUGAGUUUCUGGAAGUAGUGAAUCCAGGGCUGUGACAUAUUUUUAGAUGCUACCUGAAAUUAUCAAGCUUCCUUGACUUUACAGGAAAAAAAAUCUGAUUUCAAAUAGAGUUAACUUUUUUAGAUCUAGAAACCAGUUACUUACUUCUGGUUUAAUAACAUGCCACUUGUUUUAUGUACAGUUUCUAGUUAUGGAAAAGAUGCCAUUACUGACUUAAGCCUAGGGGUAACAGAAAUGCAUUCCUGAGGUUUCUUAUGUAGAUUAUCUGAAAACACCCUGAGGAUUCCCAGGAGAUUGUUGCCUCAUUGCCCAGCUUAUCAGAUUCCCUAUGGAUAUGUUGUUCAGUUACAGGCAGAAAGUAAGCAAGAAAAUCGUAAUAAUGAAUUUAUGGCAAAGUAGUAUGUCUGUUACUGCUAAUUUCUUCUCUCUCAAAGUCCAUCUCUACUGUCUUUACAUGUUAAAUACGCAACAGCUCUGCAGCAACAGAAAGGCGAAUAAGUAAAGUUCCAGUCCAAAUUUAACCUGACAUGUUAUGAAUGGCAGUUUUCUCUCAACAAACCCUUACUGGAGAUCUUCCUGCAGUUUUUCACAUUCAGUAUGUGUUACCAGUUUACUUUGUGACUGUAUUUGUUUACACCUGGUGAAGAUGUAGGGAUAAAGUUGGAAUUACUGGAUUUUUUUCUAGUAGAGGCAGUCUGUGUGACUUAAGUGGCGUUUCUUGGAAGAUCUAAUGUGGAGAAACAACUUGGAAGACAACAUUUCAGAACACCAGAAUACUUCUGUGGAGUUUUGAAAUCUGUAGGUCAUUUUGGUUUCUACUCUGAAUUUCUGUUCUUGAGCUCUACUGCUACACAGCUGUAAAACACAGAUGUUAAGUACUGAGAAGCACACUGAGUGGGGAAAAUGUGUGGCAGACAUGGUCUUGAAUUUUCUGAAGGAUUGCAAAGUCUACUUGCUCAAGCAAGCAACCUGUCGUCCUGUUCUUGGCUUGUAUAUUCAUCUGAUAAAAAUCUCAAAGAAGCUGAGGAGCCAGCUAUGAUUAAAAAAGUACUGGAACCCAAAUUAGUACAGGAAGACAACACUGCUACACUUCAGAACACUCAAACAAAUGCAAGUUGCCUUGGAGACAGCAUAAAACCACCUGUUGAUCAGGAUGCUUCAAGUGGAGCUGGGCAGAAAGAAGUUGCUUCUUCACCUUGUAUUGAACAGGAACUUCCAGCAGUAGUCAGUGAUGCAGAAAGCAACAAAGCCACUGCAGGUAAUUCCAAACUAGAAACUGCAUCUGUGUUAGGCGAAGACUUAAUGAUGCUCUACAAGAAGUGCUGUUGCCCAGAUAUUAAUAUUUGCGUAGAAGGCAAAGAGUUUCAAGCUCACAGGGCCAUUUUAUGUGCCAGAUCUAGUUACUUUGCUGCUAUGCUGAGUGGAAGUUGGGCUGAAAGCUCCCAAGAGCGCAUCACUCUUCAAGGCAUAAGCCAUGUAGAAAUGAGUGUCAUCUUGCAUUUUAUAUAUGGAGGUAUUCUGGACUUCCCAGACAAAGUUGAUGUUGGUCGCAUGCUGAGCAUUGCAGAUAUGUAUGGCCUCGAUGGGUUGAAAGAAGUAGCCAUCUACAUUUUGAAACGAGAUUACUGCAAUUUCUUCCAAAAGCCUGUUCCUGGAAAACACCAACCUGUAUUAGAAUGUAUGGCUAUUGCUCACUUGCUGGGAGUGGAAAACCUAUAUGCUGCUUGCAUGAAAUGGGUAGGAAAACAUUUUGCAAAAUGUUUGUCAGAGAAAAGCUUUGCCAGCUUACCUACUGAACUUCAGAACAACUGCCUUGUUAUGUUGAUUAACUCUUUGAGCCACAAGAAUGCUGUUUUCCUUUUGAUGGAGAGUGACCGCCUGAUAAAUAGCCUUCCCCAAGUGAAGUGGACAGAGCCAGCUGUAGCCUUGGCAUCCAGGCUACAGGAGGAAUGUGUAACAUUUAUUGUGGCAAACUUCCUACACGUAGUACAAAGCGAAGGCUUCUCUACUCUGCUUCAGGCACAGGCAAUGAGCAGCAAACCUGACCUUCUAGAACUGAUUUUUAAUGCAACUGAAAAAAGUAUUAAUAAUGAAAACAGCUGCUUUCUCCUUGUAGCUGUGGAUACAUUGUUGGACUCCACAAAUGUGAAAGAGAUGGGUUUUACGUGCAAGAUCCAGGCGCUGCGUGAUAAGCUCUGGGUCUUCCUGGUUCAGUCUUUUUAUGCUGUUCGUCACACGGAAAGCUGGAAGCUGAUGAGGCCAGACCACCAACAGAAAAUACAAGCAGCUGCAUUUGACAAGGGUGAUGACCGAAGACUUGGCAAAAAACCCGUAUUCACUAGUUCUCAGCUAAACAAAUCUAUUACUGAAUCCGUUGGUAUAAGGAAUACUUCCUGGACAGAAAACAGCAAGAAAGAUUGCUGGGGAUAUUCUUCCACUAAUCAGGAUAAAAUGAAAUCUGAUGGAUUAGGAGCAUCUGGACAUACAUCUAGCACCAACAGAAACACUGUUAAUAAGGCUUCAAAGCAUGAGGAUGUAAAAGGGAAAGAUGGCAAAAAAAUAGUUUCCAAGAUUGCUAAGGAUUCAAAACCUGGGGAAAAAGCUGCUUCACCAAAGGCUAGAGCUGUCAUAAAGACAAAACCAGAAAAUAAUGGAAAUGUAAAGGCUGAAAGCAUGCUUACCAAGCAAGAGCUAGAAAAGACAUCAUCUGCAAGUGGCCAAAAGAAUUCAGGAAGUGGAAAAGGACUAAAGAACCAUGAAGGAAAAACUGCAGGUGCCAGACCUAAAGUGCUGUCAGUAACUUCAAGCAUGCAGAUUAAAACAAAGCCAUUGAAAAAACCCACAGGGAAGGAAUCUCCCUCUUCAGUGACUGUGGCAGGAACUUCCAGCAAGUCCCCGAACUCAAACACAGAUAACCAGACUGCGAAUGAACAGACUGAGGAACCCAAAGAGGAGAAAUUGGUAGAGGAAGGGAAAAAACAGACAGUGAAAACAAAGUCAUCUGUGAAAACACCAAAUGGAGCCACCAACAAAACCAAAAAGACUGAGCUUGAGGCUAAUGUCACCACAAGCAGUCUGACCAAAAAAUCAACUGGAAAGGGUUGUAAUGAACAAAAUGUGCAAGGUGUUCUCAAGAAAAAAAUGAAUGCGAGUAGCAAUUCUGCAGCACAGCAAAAGGCUCAAAACACACCUACCAAUUCUCCCAAGAACCAAGGACCUCAGGGGGAAUCGCCCAAUUCACUGAAAUCAGGAAUGUCCCCAAAACAUAAUGAAGAAAAAUCUGUAUUACAGCAUCUGGUUCAGACAACACACCCAGAAAAACAUCCUUCAGCCAAGAAGAAGAGUGUUAAGCAGUCACAAACACCUGUAGCAAAAGCCACUGCAAAAAUGACCCCUAAAACUGCUGUUCCAUCAAAGCACGCUGAGAUUACAAAUAGUAAAGACCCAAAAAUGAAAACAGCUGGGCAGUCUGUAUUAAAAUCUCAGUCCUCUGCCCAAAAACAUCCCAGGAGUGAGUCUCCUGUUGUCCAGAAGAACAUGCACACCUCUGAGCACAGAAGUUCAGGACAGAAACUUGAAAAAAAUGUGCCUGAUGACAAUAAUGAAUGCUGUUCUGCAAAGCAAAGUGAAGCUUUAAAACCUGGGAUGCAGAGUAGCAGUGAAGAUAAACUGCUGGCACCCUGUCAGUCCAUUAAACAAAAAUUGCCAGAUCCUUCUGAAAAUGUGGAAAAUAAAAUACAAUCCAAAUCAUCUCUAAUUACAGAAGAAGCUAUGUCUCAACUGCAUGUUUCACUGCAAAAUGGAAAGAAAGCAAGUCAAAUCUGUGGAGAUCAGACUGGAAUUAAACAGAUGGAAUAUACACAGAAAGAUAAGACAGUUGAAGUUCCCUGUCACACGCAGUCUUCCAGUGAUGGAUAUUCAGAUUUUUCCAACGAAACAAAUCAAAAGGCCACUGCUUCAGAACUGGUGAAAUAUUCAAAAGCAACAGAAGUCUGUACUGAACAAAGUGAUCCAUUAAACUCUGAAACAGGUGUUAACUAUGGUGAAAAUGCUUUACAAAGCUUUUCCAGAACCAUAACCAACGAAGAGGAUGAGACAUCAUCUCCUCAGAUUCAUAUGGAGGAACUUCUUACAGCUGAUGAGCUGUGUGACACAUCAGCCUUGACUGAAUACAAAUCAGUUUCAGCAGAUUUAGAUGAUGUUUCAGAAUGUUCCACAGAACAAAUAACAGAAAAAUAUUCACCUAGUUACACAGAGCCUAUAGAUCCUACAGAAAUGCCAGAAAACCAUGAAAAUGCAGAAAUUCCCUUUGUGGACCACUGGAGUACUGGUGCACUAGAUCCAAAAGAGAGUCCUGAAUCAGAUACUGGCAGUGCAACCACAUCCUCUGAUGAUAUAAAGCCAAGAUCAGAAGAUUAUGAUGCAGGGGGCUCUCAGGAUGAUGAAGGAUCCAAUGAAAGAGGCAUUUCUAAAUGCAGCACUACGUUAUGCCACGAUUUUCUCGGAAGAAGCAGCAGUGACACGAGUACACCCGAGGAAUUAAAAAUUUAUGACAGCAGCCUAAGAAUAGAAGUGAAAAUGAAAAAAGAGGGUUCUGAUCUCUUCCGUGUUAAUUCAACAAGUGAUGAUGAAAUACCAAGAAAAAGACCUGAAAUUUGGUCCCAUCAAGAAAGUGCGAAGACCAAUACUAGAGAAAGCAAAAGUUCUACUUUCAGUAACACAGAGUUUACUCAGGAAGCAGACCAGGUUUCUUCUUCUGCUGAUGAAACAGAAGACGACAGAUCUGAAGCAGAGAAUGUUGCAGGAAAACUUCCUCCACCAAAUGUUCCUACUCAGCAGUUCCAAGGAAUCGAUAAUUUAGCUUUUGAAGAUGCAACAGAAAAUGAUGCUGCAAGUCAAGGGUUCCCUAAAACUAAAAACUUCAAACGAUCUGUUUUACUUUCCGUAGAUGAAUGUGAAGAAUUGGCAACUGAUGAUAGAGUGGACUCUCAUACUUCACGUCAGCAUUCAAUAGAUUCUCUUACUCCUUCAGAAGUAUUUGACAGUGUUUCUCAAGAGCACCAUGGAAAUACUUUCUAUUCUGGAUACUCACUGGAAAUUGAAGAUGGAUUCCUGCAUUCCAAACAGCAUAAAGAGAGAGACAAUAAAUCAGAUAAAAGUGAAAGUCCUCUCCUACAUCCUCAUGGCACUGAAAUCCCAAGGAAGGGGGAUCAAGGUGUUUCAAUGACUGAACAAAACUGCCCAGAGAAAGUAUGCUCAGCAGCUAGUCCGUGUCCAGGAGAAAAACAGAAAGCAAACAUGAAGAAUGAGGUGGCAAGUGAAUUUAACCAGUGCAAUAAGUACUUAGACAGUGAUGCAAAAUCUCAAGAAAGACCUUGUCAUUUGGAUCUUCAUCAGAGAGAAGUUAAUUCUGAUGUGCAUAAGAGCAGCUCUGCAAAACCCAUAGAAGCCAGUAAGAAUCAACUACUGACUCAAGAAGGUCAAGUGAGAGACAGUCAACCAGCAACUACUGAAUGCGCUAAUACUGAUUUACUUCCAGGAGACAUAGAUGAGUAUGACACAAUGGCAAAAACCUGCAUGUAUGAGCAUCGGCCUUCAAAAACCCUUUCUCCAAUAUAUGAGAUGGAUGUUGGAGAAGCAAUUGAACAGAGGAUGGAUUCGGAAACAGCAGUUCUAGAUGUGGAUUUUGAAGAUCAGCAGUUUGCAGAACAGGACUGGACUCUACUCAGGCAAUUGUUAUCUGAGCAGGACUCAAACAUCGGGUUCAAAAACUCUGUUCCUGAAGACCUUAACCUAGCACAAUGUCUCAUCAAUCAGACACUGUUUCUGGCACGAGAUGGUUCGAAUCCUCAGGGUACAUCACAAGUUGACACAUUCAGCAGGUGGACUGAACUAAUGUCUCCACUUGAUGAUUCUUCAGCAAGCAUUACAGUGGCAAGCUUUUCAUCUGAAGACUGCUUGUCCCCUCAAGGGGAAUGGACAAUUCUUGAACUGGAAACCCAUCAUUAAGGUGAACUCCAACCCAUUCCCCAAAUCUAUUUAUGAUGAGUUGUUUCCAUACAAUAAUGAUACUGCAUCAGUCAAGAACAAGCAAUUCUUGAUACUGAGGCAAUCUUUCUGAUAUUAUGAGGUAAAUAUGUUUAUUUAUAAUCUAGAUUUAAUUGCAAGUACAAUAAUUUUUCAAGACUUAAAUGUAUGUCUUUUCUAAAAAUGAAUUUUGAGCAUGUAUUUUCUAGGAUUGUUAGAAAAAUUAGAUGAUAUAAAAGAAAAAUCUUGGUUUCCAUCUUCACUUUUAUCUUCUUUUCUGACAUCUAAUCUUCUCAUUGACCAAGAAUUUCAAGAUGACUGCACAAUUAGUAGAGUUAUUCUCGUUCCUUUUUUUCCUUCUUCUCUCUAUAUGGUGACUUUAUUUUACAAUAAUAAAGAUUCAGAAUGGUUGUGUUGAAA